UUCCCAUCAUUAGCUAUCGCGUUGUGGAGCUAGCAGGGUGUUCGAAGAGGCGCAAUCUGAGAAGGUAACACCAUCGCGCACGCGUUUCAGUAUUCGUUACAAAUCGCAUAAGCAAAUCACGCUUUGUAGACGAUUCAGUGUUCAAGAAGUUCAAGUUCAACCGUGAAGAUCUGUGUAUUAAGCAGUGUGCCUUUAAGAAAGGGUGUGGAGAAAAUUUCGACAAUUUAUUUAAUUAUCAAUCCCCAAAGCUAUAGGGGGCACCUAAGUACAUACACGGAGGAGAAUCACACGUCCAGCUGAAGAUGGUGUCGACAGUUCAAAUUUUGAUGAGCUUUUGCCUUUCGAUUGUGCUAACAUCGUCGUCGCAGUCACUAGUGCAGGCGCAGAUGACCAAAAAGCGCUGCAUGAGCCAACCCAAUGUAUCCAAAAAGGUAGACAAGGUGAUACACGAAUGCCAGGAGGAGAUUAAAAUGAGUCUAAUUGAAGAUGCCAUACGGGUGUACAAGGAGGAUUGGCACGAUCGCAAAAAGCGUUCCGUUGCAGACGAGGAAGGUUUCCAACAUCCGACGGUGGUUUCGCAUGAAGACAAAUGGAUCGCAGGGUGCCUGAUGCAAUGCGUGUACCGCAAAAACAACGCCGUCGACAAGAACGGUUGGCCCACGUUGGACGGUUUGGUCAAUUUGUACACGGACGGGGUCAGCGAGCAGGGCUACUUCAUGGCCACGCUGCGAGGAGUCGACCGUUGCCUGAAGGGGACCUCCAUGAAGUACAAGGUGAAACGCAAUGACGUCGCAGAUAACUUUGAGCAGUGUAAUGUGGCUUUUGAUGUGUUUGACUGCAUUUCGGACAUGAUAACAGAGUACUGUAGUGAUCAACCGCAUCAUGAUUUCCACUGAUCUGGUUAUUCGACGUGUCCGGGGAAAAUGAGAGCGCAAUGGUACCUUUAGUUGUUGUUAAAUUUAAGAGGUAUAUUAUUUAAUAGCAAAAGUGAUGUUAGUAUAGUAAUGGC